AUGCCCGACCCCCUAGUCACCCACAUAUACACGGCCGACCCGUCGGCGCAUGUCUUUGAGGGCAAGAUCUACGUGUACCCUUCUCAUGACCGCGAAACCGACAUCCAAUUCAACGACAACGGCGACCAAUACGACAUGGCCGACUACCACGUGCUGUCGCUCGCCGAGGUCGGUGGGCCCGUGACCGACCACGGCGUGGCCCUCAAAGCCCAAGACAUCCCCUGGGUGUCGAAGCAGCUGUGGGCGCCCGACGCGGCGACCAAGAACGACAAAUACUACCUGUACUUCCCCGCGCGCGACCAAGAGGGCAUCUUCCGCAUCGGCGUGGCGGUUGGUGACAGGCCCGAGGGGCCGUUCACGCCGGACCCGGCCCCGAUCAAGGGCAGUUACAGCAUCGAUCCGGCCAGCUUUGUCGACGACGACGGGCAAGCGUACCUGUAUUUUGGUGGUCUGUGGGGCGGGCAACUGCAGUGCUGGACGGACGGACACUUCGACGCCUCGAUGAGCGGGCCCCAGGAACCCACGGGGGAGGGCGUCCCGGCCUUGUUGCCCCGCGUGGCCGUCCUGGCCGAAGAUAUGCGGUCGUUCGCGUCCGAGGUCAAGGAGCUGCAGAUCGUGGACGAGCAGGGCGAGUUGAUCAAGGCGGACGAUCAUGACCGGCGCUUCUUCGAGGCCGCGUGGAUGCACAAGUACAAUGGACGGUAUUACUUCAGUUACUCGACGGGCGAUACGCAUUACCUGGUGUAUGCCGUCGGGGACAGUCCGCUGGGCCCGUUCACGUACGGUGGACGGAUUCUGGAGCCCGUGCUCGGGUGGACGACGCAUCACAGCAUCGUCGAGUUCAAGGGCAGGUGGUACUUGUUCUAUCAUGACUGCGAGCUGAGCAAGGGCGUCGAUCACCUGCGGAGCGUCAAGAUGAGGGAGAUUGUGUAUGAUCGUGACGGCAAGAUUUCUUUGGCCGAGAAGCAGUAA